AUGACUACAAUUGUCGGCGUGGGCAACUGGUCGGCCCAGGACCGGGGGGGCAUCAUGCGGGGGCCCCCGCCGGGGCCGUGGAUCCGCUUCUUGCGGCGCCUGCGGCGGGUGUGCAGGGUGGUGGUGGUGGACGAGCACAGGUCAUCAAAGCUGUGUUGCGCCUGUCACGCCACCCUGCAUGCCCACCAGUACGUGCGGGUGCGCCUAGGCGUGGAGAAGCUGGUGGACGUGUGGGACACCAAGCGGUGUACGAACAGAGGCUGCAAGGUCAACGUCGUCAACCGCGAUGUGAACGGAGCGGCCAACAUCCUGAUGCUGACCAAGUGCUUUUUUGAAAAUGCACUUCGUCCCACUGCAUUUGGUGGACCCCCUGCUUCCCCUUCUCCCACCCUCCCACCCCCCCCACCCCCUCUGGUUCGCCGAUCGAGGCAACCAACUGCGCCAGUCAGAUCCCGCGUGCGGGAAGCAGCUGUGCAACCGGCGCAAGCCCGGUAG